GCAGCAGAUAUAUUCAAAGCAACAAUUGCAACACUAGCAGAAAUACUGCAAACCGCAGUAUUCUGGCCUAGCAAAGAGGCGGUUGUCGACAACCUCACCGUCCAUUUUGAGGAAUACCCAAAUGUGCGUGCAGUUUUGGACUGCACGGAAAUCCCACUGCAGAGACCAAAAGAUCUGGAGUCACAGCUACGCACAUACAGCUGGUACAAGGGUACCUAUACAGCUAAGGUUUUAGUCUGUGAAUUACCUGGAGGCCAUAUUAGCUUUCUGAGCAAGGCAUGUGGUGGAAGGGCCUCGGAUUCCUUUAUUACAAAGGAAAGUAAAAUUCUUGAGAAGUUUUUGCCUUCUAUAGAUAGUGUAAUGGUUGACAAGGGCUUUCUGAUCGAUGAACUCUGCCUUCAGCACCAUGUAACUAUGGUUCGCCCUCCAUUUUUACGUAAAAAGAAACAGUUUACACAGCGUGAAGCUCAACAAAACCAGAGCAUUUCAGCUGCCCGCGUUCAUGUGGAGCGCGCCAUUCAGCGUAUGAAAGUUUUCAAGAUUCUGUCGGGAAACCUUGGCACUGAGCUUUUCCCGUACAUUGAUGAUAUUUUAACCGUCAUUGCAAGAAUUUUCAAUUUGUCAAAACCGAUUUUCAGUGCUGAGAAGUUCUUGAAUGAGUGAAAUCGCUUUGUGACAUGCCUAAAAGAGGCAUUACAUCCCCAUCAGUGUCAGGGUGCCACCAGUUCACUAGAAAGGCCAGUAAUGCAGCAACAUGUUAUGCAUGCACCGAAAACAGUUUCAGUGUGUUUCGUAUUGCUUCUCAACCAUGCCCAAUAUGGUUUAGAAGAGCUAUAGCUGGGAUAUAAUUUUUCCUGUAUUAUUUUUUAUGGCGACUUCUUGUCUGUAUGUCUU